AUGACCGAUAAUAAAAUAUUUUCUGUAACUGGAUCAAAUUUAUUUGGACAAUGGUUUUCGUGGUUUAAAAACAAAAGUAUCUUUCCCAAAUUUGAAACUGUCUGUAUUGAGAGUGAAAAUAAUUUGAAUUUUGAUAUAAAUCGAGCUAAACUUAUCGUCACAACUUGGUCAUAUAAUAUAUUUCAAGUAGAUGAAGUGUUUUAUUUCUCUGGAGCAUGGUUCGGUAAAGAGAACCAACUUAGGGAGUUGCCUAUGUUCGAGGAUUUUAUACAGAGCUAUAGAGAGUCGAAAGUUCUAGUAACUGGUAACGAUUAUAUGAUAAUUCUUAUUGAAGUUGAAAAGAGAACUGCAUGCUUUUUUAAUUUCGAAACGAAAACUUUCGAGACAGUAAACUUUACUGAGAGGCCAGUUAUAGAAAAUGCUAAGAAACCUAGAACUAGUGAUGAUAUAAUAAAGGUUGUGGCAACUAAUAAUAUAUUUAUUUAUUUAACAUCAGAGGGAAAUGUAUACACGGGUCAACUGCCAAGUUAUGUUGACACAAAACAUUGUUUUGGUAAAGUAUGUGACAUAGUAUGUGGGUAUGAACAUUACAUGCUGUUGACUGACGAGGGUAGAGUUUAUACUUGGGGGAAUGGAAGGAGACUACAACUUGGGCAUGGAGACUUAACAAAUCUGGAAUUACCAACAGAAGUUGAGGCUCUGGCCGGUAUUAAAAUUGUCAAAAUAAGCGCUGGGGGCUGGCAUUCCCUGGCAUUAAGUGACUGCGGAGAUUUAUAUCUAUGGGGAUGGAAUGACACCGGCCAAUUAGGAAUGGAAAAUAAGGGUGGCCAAGAGAAAAAGGGUCUGAAAAACUACACACUUCCAACACUAGUUGAUGUUUAUGAUGAAAAUGAUCAGCUAGUUGAUCUUUGUGUUAAAGACAUAGCAUGCGGUACAAGGCAUACGGCUUUAUUACUGGAAGAUAACACAGUCUGGACUUCGGGUUGCAAUAAAUAUGGACAAUUAGGGUUACCACCUGAGAGAUUUGAGAAGAUAGAAUGUUUCAAAAAGGUUUUCUAUGAUGAAGGAUUAUUAUCUUCAUGUUUUUCCUUUACGAUGUCGGCCAUUGGGAGAGAGUAUAUCGCGUACGCCAGGCAGCUUUCAACAAAUGGCUGUUUGAGCAAGGCAAUCGAUGUUUAUGUAUCUGCUUUUGAUAAAUGUCCUGAGUUAAAACCUAUAUUUGAAUUUGAAUUCCGCGAUACCGUCUUCAAGCAUAAUGAAGUGUUAUCUACAUCAAAUAAGAUUGAAGAAAUUUUCGCAAAUUUUGGGAAAGCUAUAAAUGUUUUUCCUAAAAAUAUAUACCUACUAAAUGAAAUUGGCAAAUACUUAUUUAAAUACGGCUACUAUGAAGAAGCUUGGACACAAUUCCAGAACGCAUUAUCUGAGGAUGCAGGCUACGUGAAUGCGGAAAAGAAUUUAAACUCUGUUAAGAAUUUGAUGGUGGAGAGAUGGCAUUUUCGUAUGUUAAAUGAUAAAAUUCGUAAUGACAGCUAUCGUGCAGCUAUCCAUGAAAAGGUUGCUCCUUAUGAGACCAGUGUCUUGGACCUUGGCACGGGAACUGGUCUGCUUGCUAUGUACGCUACUGAAUGUUGUGCCAAAGCCGUGGUAGCCUGCGACAGUUCUGAGGUUAUGACCAAUCUGAGUGAUUGUGUACUAGAGGAAAACAAUUUACUGUUGUCUGUAGAUAUUAUAAACAAAUCAUCUACUACAAUGGAUGGUGAAGAUAUAGGAGGAAGACGCUCACUUUUAGUAACCGAGUUGUUUGAUGCCGGUCUAUUCGGGGAACAUAUCCUACCCUCACUAUCUCACGCAUGGGCUCAUCUUUUAUCAGAACCAGCACAUGUAAUACCUCAAAAAGCAGACUUCUUUGUAAUGGGAGCCCAGUCUGAGUUGCUUAGUGCCAAAUACCACCUUCGUCCCAUCAUUAAAUCUUACCUCAACAUUCCCAAUCUUGCUGUUCAUGCUAUGUCUGCUGAUGACACAUAUGAUUGUGAUGAUGUUUAUCUUUAUCAAGAUAUGAAAUUUGUUACAGAACCAAAGUCAGUUGUAAAAGUUGACUUUACUGAUUGUAUUGACAUCACCAACAAGAUAUCAAGUGUUGAACCAUAUGUGGUUGAAUUGAAAGCUUUAGAGACGGGGAGAGUUGAUGGUUUUGUUGGAUGGUUCAACUUAUACUUGACAGAAAAUAUCACACUCACAACUGAUCCUAGAGUGAAAACAAGGGCUACUGCCUGGCAACAAGCCAUCUUCUUUGACAGCAUUCCAAGAAAUAUUAAGGAGAAUGAAGUGUUAACUCAUAAAUUUAAUAUGAUUUUAGGAAGGCUGUCGUUAGUCCCAAAUGAUGAUACAGAUAUCCUAAGAAUUACUCCAGAAAUGUUAAGAUUUUUGAAUGAUACUGAUUUUCAUCAAAGAAUCAAAAGUUGUAUUGCCAUGUCUUGUGUUUACCUUGGACAGAUGGCAGAUAUAUGUGAGAUCAAUGUGAUUGAUUUAUGUCCAUUCCCAGUAUUUGGCCUAAUGAUGCUAAAACGAGGAAUUAAAUCUCUGUUCUGUUAUGCUAAAACGGAAUAUGAUAAAAAUUUCACCGAAACAGUCUUAAAAGCCAAUGACAUUGAUAUGGACCGAGUGACGUUCUUGAUUGCUGAAGACUGGACACCAGAAUGCUUCAAGGAUGAGAAGAUCCAUGCAAUAUUCUGCAAUAUUUUAGACCUCGGAGGUGAUUUGGACAUCAGAUACAAAGACAUAGCAUUAUUUCUAAAGAACAAUCAUCUAAUUCAGGGUGGAUUAUUUAUGCCGUCAAGUGUCACACUUAUAGGUCAAAUUGUGUAUAGCCCCUGGCUUGAAGCGAAUAACCGGGUUGAUGACAAAAAUAUUGGCUACCAGGUCGCGAAACAUAUUAAUAAAUAUCAAGUAUCACAGAAUUUUGGUCUAGACCUAACCCUCGUAGACUACACUCCAAUAACAGACCCAGUACCACUCGGCGACGGUUUCAAGCUGAAUGCUGAUGUUAUCAAUAUACCCAUAAAGAAUGAUGGAGAUGCAAAUGCUAUCCUAUGCUGGUACAAUAUAGAAUUGAUGGAUAAUUUAGAAGAAGUUUCCACAAAACGGCUCUAUACAUAUGUUGAUAGCUUGGCAUUCCUAGCAAACCCUAGCAUUCCAAUGGUUAAAGGAAACACUGCAAAUAUACUUCUAUGUGUUGAUAACGAUGGAUCAUUCAAGUUGAUGAUAGAUACAGAAACUGCAUAA